CACAUCCAGGCUGUGGCAAACUUGGACCAUGACCUUCAUAGCCAAGACGUUUUAUGACCUGCGUGCUACAACGCUGGAGGGGGAUUCAGUAGAUUUUAAUGUCUUCCGAGGACGAGUGGUGCUUAUUGAGAAUGUAGCGUCCCUCUGAGGGACAACCACCCGGGACUACAGCCAGCUCAACCAGCUCCAGAGCAGGUACCCGCACCGGCUGGUGGUCCUGGGUUUCCCCUGUAACCAGUUCGGCUACCAGGAAAACUGUAAUAAUGGAGAAAUCCUGAACUGCUUGAAGCAUGUGCGCCCAGGGGGAGGCUAUGAGCCUGGCUUCACCAUAUUUGAGAAGUGUGAUGUGAACGGAGCCAACACUCAUCCCGUCUUCGCAUACUUGAAAGACAAACUCCCGUACCCAGAUGAUGACCCAACCUCUUUCAUGCAGGACCCCAAGUUCCUCAUCUGGAGUCCCAUCAGUCGGACUGAUAUCUCGUGGAACUUUGAGAAGUUCCUCAUCGGCCCUGAAGGCGAGCCAUUCAAGAGAUACAGCAAGAAGUUUGAGACCAUUGCCAUUGAACCCGACAUUCAAAGGUUGCUGAGGCUGACCAAGAACUAAUCAAACCAACCAUCUCGUCUAAGCUCAUUGCACAACUUCACCUCAAAAUGUAUUUCAUCUAACGUUGGCACCACUGUGGCACCCUUUACCUUCUCUUAUUUUACUUGAUGAGGGUGAUGCUCUAAACUCAAGGGGUAUCAGCUGAGAUGGUGUAAACAUAAAAGAAAUGUAGAGGAUGCUAACAGCGACCUGCUGAAAAGCUUUAAUAAAAAAAUAAAAAGUAAGCGACAUUGAUCUUGUUUUGUGAUGGGAUAUUUUGUUAACAUAGAGAUAGGCCUAUAGUACAGGCACUGAAAUCUGGAUAAUGAGGUUAAAAGAUUUAGAUUUCUGCCUAGUCAUAUUGUUAAAGUGUAAACAGAGUCAUUCAGAGUGGUUUGAUGUGAAAUGCUCCUUUGUAGUGAAACGUAUCAAGUCAGAAUUGUCCACAGUGGUGGUGAAAAGAACCAGACGUCUGAAGCAUUUCAUGCCGCUGAAAGCUACGCCACAAAAAGCUAUUACAUAAAAAAGGUUACAAACACGCUGCCUGAUGACAUUGAUAAAAAAGAUUUUGGUCUAAAGAGUAUUUUUAAAA